AUGGAGCUAUAUGGAAAUGGCGACGCAAAACGCUUUGUCCGACCGCACGACGUAUUCGCCACUAGCACUGGCUGUGGAGAGAAUAGGACCAGCACUGAAACGGUCGGAUGUUUGGCGAAACAGAUGCGGAGACGUUCACAAACAAACACUACAGGGGCGUCCCGUGCCAACGUAGACAGUGGCGCCGCGACGCGACCAGAUGACGUCAGG